GUUUCAGCGUGUUAAGAUGAAAAGUUCGAUUUCUAAAAUGUUAAGUGAGGUGUCUGAAGAUAGAAAACUUAAUAAAUUCCCGGAACCUUACAAAAUAGAGAUCACGCCUUAUAAAAAAAUGGAUUUUUGUGAGAAUACUUAUAAAUUUUGCAAGACUGAAAACAAUCUGUCCAACUUGUUUAAUAUUUGUAAGAUUAUUGUUGUUGGAGAUGUUUCUGUGGGCAAAACGUGUAUAAUUAACAGGUUUUCACAAAAAUUAUUUGAUACCAACUACAAAAGUACGAUUGGUGUUGAUUUUGAAGUGGAAAAAUUUGAAAUUUUAAAUCUUACAUACAAUAUGCAAAUAUGGGAUACGGCAGGCCAGGAAAGAUUCAAAUGUAUAGCACAAUCAUAUUACAGGGGAGCACAUGGAAUAUUGAUUGUUUUCGACCUGACCGACAUGAACACCUUAAAUAACUGCAAAACAUGGUUAAGAGAGGCUGUAGAUGCUUGUACUACAACAACCCCCUUUAUAUUUUUAGUUGGGACAAAAAAAGAUUUAAUUAAAAAAUACGCUUACAAAAAUUUAGAACAAACAGUGUCAAAAAUAGCCAAAUCAAUCAACGCAGAGUAUUGGGCCGUGUCUUCCAAAACCGGACAAAAUAUUUCGGAUUUAUUUUUUAGGGUAGCCGCCCUUACUUUCGAUAAUACAAUCGAAAAAGAAAUGACCAAACCGGACAUUUGCAAAGAAAUUGGGAAUGACAUAAUUUCCUUUAAGAAGAAUAAGAAGAAAGAGCAGCAACUAACUAAGUGUAGUGGAAUAAAGUGCCACAAAUUUUGA